AUGGAGGUUUCGCCUUUGCAUCCCGGAUCUGCCACGCUAGAGCUACUUUUUCUACAGGGCGAGCAUGGGUCGUCCUACAUAUGGGAGGGACAGUUACUGGCGCAGACAUUCCGCGCCAGGAGAGUAGACAAUAUGUGGGACUUUCUUAGGGCCCACCCUCUUCAUCUCCGUAUAGUCAGACGCCUCCAGAAUACGAGUUUUUAUAGGAUUAUGGAGAUCGACCGGAUGCGGAUGGAUUGGUCGUUGAUCACGGCCCCGAUAGAGCGGUGGCGGCUGGAGACGCACACAUUCCAUUUGCCCAUUGGCGAGGCCACUAUCACGCUUCAAGACGUGGAGGUCCUGUAUGGAUUUUCCAUUGAUGGACACUCUGUUGCUUUGCUGAAUGCCAUCAGAGAGUAUACGGGUUUGCAGUACCUAGAGAUGCUGCAGCGGCUCACCGGUUUCUAG